CUCCCUUCCUUUGCCCUCUGCUGGCUGGACUGGGCUGUGGCUUUGCUCCCUCUUUCUCCAGGUGAGAGUGGGUACCUGAGGCACCAGGUUCCCCACCUCAUUCCCCAUGAAGGCUGUGGAAAGUCCCGAGGCGCAGGAGCUACACAAGCUGGGGAAUGGAGCCUGGGACAACCCAGCCUACAGUAGUCCCCCUUCCCUGCAUGGGACACUGAGGAUCUGCACCGUCUCCAGUGUGGUGCCUCCUCAACCCCAAUCCAAGCAGCCUGAAGAUGGACCCCAGGAGAAGGCACCCAAGACCCUGGUGUCCAGCUGCUGCCUCCAGAUCUGUCGCAGCAUCAGAGGACUCUGGGGAACAAGCUUGACUGAGAAUACAGCUGAGAACCGGGAACUUUAUGUCAAGACCACCCUUCGGGAGCUUUUGGUGUACAUCGUGUUCCUGGUGGAUAUCUGUCUCUUGACCUAUGGAAUGACAAGCUCCAGUGCCUAUUACUACACCAAAGUCAUGUCUGAGCUCUUCUUACAUACCCCGUCGGACACUGGUGUCUCCUUCCAAACCAUCGGCAGCAUGGCGGACUUCUGGGAUUUUGCCCAGGGCCCACUUCUGGACAGUUUGUAUUGGACCAAAUGGUACAACAACCAGAGCCUGGGGCAUGGCUCCCACUCCUUCAUCUACUAUGAGAACCUGCUACUGGGAGUUCCAAGGUUGCGUCAGCUGAGGGUCCGCAAUGACUCCUGCGUGGUGCAUGAGGACUUCCGCGAGGAUUUGAGCUGCUACGAUGUCUACUCUCCAGACAAGGAAGAGCAGCUCCCCUUUGGGCUCUUCAAUGGCACAGCAUGGACAUACCACUCGCAGGAUGAGUUGGGGGGCUCCUCUCACUGGGGUCGGCUCACAAGCUACAGUGGAGGUGGCUACUACCUGGACUUUCCAGGAUCUCGACAGGCCAGUGCAGAGGCACUCCGGGACCUUCAGGAGGGCCUGUGGCUGGACAGGGGCACUCGGGUGGUCUUCGUCGACUUCUCGGUCUACAAUGCCAACAUCAAUCUUUUCUGUGUUCUGAGGCUGGUGGUGGAGUUUCCAGCUACAGGAGGUGCCAUCCCAUCUUGGCAGAUUCGCACAGUUAAGCUGAUCCGCUAUGUCAGCAACUGGGACUUCUUCAUCAUUGGCUGUGAGAUCAUCUUCUGCAUCUUCAUCUUCUACUAUGUGGUAGAGGAGAUCCUGGAGCUUCACAUCCACCGGCUUCAUUACCUCUGCAGCAUCUGGAACAUUCUAGACCUGGUGGUCAUCUUGCUCUCCGUUACGGCUGUGGGCUUCCACAUAUUCCGAACUCUCGAGGUGAAUCGGCUGAUAGGGAAGCUCCUACAGCAGCCAAACACAUAUGCUGACUUCGAGUUCCUUGCCUUCUGGCAGACACAGUACAACAACAUGAAUGCCGUCAACCUCUUCUUUGCCUGGAUCAAGAUAUUCAAGUACAUCAGCUUCAACAAGACCAUGACCCAGCUCUCCUCCACACUGGCCCGCUGUGCCAAGGAUAUCCUGGGCUUUGCUGUCAUGUUCUUCAUCGUGUUUUUCGCCUAUGCCCAGUUGGGCUACCUGCUUUUCGGGACCCAAGUGGAAAACUUUAGCACUUUCAUCAAGUGCAUCUUCACUCAGUUCCGGAUCAUCCUCGGGGACUUUGACUACAAUGCUAUCGACAAUGCCAACCGCAUCCUGGGACCUGCCUACUUUGUCACCUACGUCUUCUUCGUCUUCUUUGUGCUCCUGAACAUGUUCCUGGCCAUCAUCAAUGACACAUAUUCAGAGGUCAAAGAGGAGUUGGCUGGACAGAAGGAUGAGCUACAGCUUUCUGAUCUCCUGAAACAGGGCUACAACAAGACCCUGCUGAGGCUGCGUCUGAGGAAGGAGCGGGUUUCAGAUGUGCAGAAGGUCCUUCAGAGUGGGAAGCAGGAAAUCCAGUUUGAGGACUUCACUAAUACUUUGAGGGAGCUGGGACACACAGAGCAUGAGAUCAUGGAGCUCACAGCUGCCUUUACCAGGUUUGACCAAGAUGGGAAUCGCAUUCUAGAUGAGAAGGAGCAGGAACAAAUGCAACAGGAUCUGGAGGAGAAGAGGGUGGCCCUCGACACUGAGAUUGAGAACCUGGGCCGGUCCAUUGAGAGUAACCCACCAGGCGAGCUGAGUCCAGAGACCGCCAAAGCAGGUGGCUGGAUUUCAGGAGAAGAAUUCUACAUGCUCACAAGGAGAGUUUUGCAGCUGGAGACUGUCCUCGAAGGAGUCAUGUCCCAGGUUGAUGCCGUGGGCUCAAAGCUGAAGAUGCUGGAGAGGAGGGGGCAGCUGGCUCCCUCUCCAGGCAUGGGGGAAGAAAGCAUUUGGGAGCAGCUGCAGGCAGCCACAUCCGUGACUCCAGACCCCUGGGAACUCCAGGGCAGGCAGGAAGGUGGUGGGGGAGGGGUCCUAAAGCAUCAGACAGCAGGCUCCUCUCUCACUGCCUCCCCAGAAGCCCCUUGGCACAUGCCCUACGCUUCUAGGGCAACAGGUCCCACCACUGCUGCUGCAGAGGCCCACCCUGUGCCUGGCCUUUUGAGCUGUGUUUCUGUGUGUAGCUGUGUAGCUCUUUGAAAUAGUUCCCACUGGGCCUCUCACUCCCUGUGCUCUGAGCUCUGUUGUGAUGAUUAAAAAAAAAGAAGAAGAAGAAGUAAAGAAAGGGAGGGUAAUGACUUUUCUAAGAUCUGGAUAGACAUGCUUUGUGAAAAAAAUACAGCUAAGAGAAUAGCUGUAUCUAGAUGGCAUCCUACUUGCCAAUGAGUCUUUUCCUCUGUACAUCUGGAGAUGGGCUGCUGCACCCUUGAGGUUCGUGUCUUCCUCAUAGGGUUUCCCUGUGAAAGAGAAGGGGGAGCCAGAGAGGAGAGGAGACUUUCUCCAUGGGAAGACUACAGUGUUGCCGAGGCUCUGGAGCGAUAACCUCCCCCAGCCUUCCCCAACAAAGUCCACGAAGGCUCAGUGAAAGAGCCUGCCUCCGUGCAUGCUACUGAACACCGAGGGGGCUGUAAACCAGGACAGAGAUGGAGCAUGAGGAGAAUCCAGCAAAGAAAUAACCUCAGGAUUCUGAGAUCUUUGGAUGAAAUGUGGGGGAGCUGACUCUGUCCUUCCAUAGGACAAUGUGGGGACACGUCACAAACCUGUUGCUUAUCAAUAAAAAUCCUUAGGAAAACUAAGACUUUGCACUUGUUUCUGGGAAUGCAGGGGGAAGAAGAGGGGCUGGAACUGUGAGCCAUCCUUGUACUUGGGCUGGAGAAAGCUCAUCCCUGCUGGGCGGUGACAUCGUGAA